AUGGAGAAAAGAAGACAUAAUAUUCCCAUCUUGUGCAUUUUCCAUUACUUCUUGUUAUCCAACAUAAAUUUGAGCCCAAAAAUGGCAGAUGCACAGACCAUCCCCAUAAGAGUAGGUGUAAUUCUUGACAUGGAUGGCUAUGGACAGAUGGCCUUCAACUGCCUAUCCAUGGCGCUUUCCGACUUCUAUUCCACCCACACUCACUACAAGACUCGGCUCCGCCUCACCACCCGCCCUCCAAAAGCCGACAUCAUCGGCGCCGCCGCCGCAGGCCUAGACCUACUCAAGAAUGUGCAAGUGCAAGCCAUACUAGGCCCAACCUUCUCAACACAAGCAAGCUUCCUCAUCUCUCUAGGAGAAAACUCCCAGGUCCCCAUCAUCUCCUUCUCCGCCACAAACCCUUCCCUCUCCUCCACCCGAAGCCCCUACUUCGUCCGCGCCACCCUCAGCGACGCCUCACAAGUAGACGCCAUAGGCGACAUCGUAGAUGCCUUCGGGUGGCGAGAAGUCGUCCCCAUCUACGAGGAGAACGACUUCGGAGAAGGCAUCAUGCCUUACCUCAGCGACGCCCUGGGCCGCGCCAACGCCCAGAUACCUUACAGGAGCGUCAUCCCGCCUCUCGCCACCGACGACCAGAUCGAGGCCGAGCUCUACAAGCUCAUGACGAUGCAGACCAGAGUGUUUGUGGUCCACAUGAUGAGCCCCCUCGCGUCUCGUCUCUUCCUUAUAGCGCACAGGGUCGGCCUGAUGACCCCGGAUUGCGCCUGGAUCAUCACGAAUGGGGUCACCAACGAGCUCGAGUACCUGGAUAGAUCUGUGCUGGAGUCCAUGCUGGGAGUUGUUGGAGUGAGGCAUUAUGUCCCGAGGAGCAAAGAGGUUAAGAGCUUCGAAGCUAGGUUUCGUAAACAAGUUGUUGUUGGUGAUAAGUUAAGCAUUUUUGGGCUGUGGGCUUAUGAUGCUGCCACUGCACUAGCUAUAGCAGCAGAGAAGGCAGAGCUUAAAGAUGUUACCUACAUACAAAAGUCGACGAACUCAACGGAUCUGGAAGGAUUUGGAGUGUCGGGUGGUGGGCCGAGCCUCAUCAAGGCCUUGUCGAACACAACAUUCACAGGGCUAGCGGGGAGCUUCAGGCUAGCCGAUGGGGAGCUUGAGGCGCCGCCUCUCGAGAUUGUCAACUUCGUAGGCCAUGGAGUUCGGGGCAUUGGAUAUUGGACUAAAGAGAGUGGGAUUGUCAAAGAACUCAACGCUAAAAGCGCGAACAUAGUUGCAGAUUCAACUCCCAAAUCCAGGCUUGGAUCGAUCAUCUGGCCGGGCGACACGACGUCUUGGCCUAGAGGUUGGGUGAUCCCAACCAAUGGAAGGAAGUUGAGAGUUGGAGUGCCUGUGAAAGCUGGCUUCACUGAGUUUGUGAGUGUUACAUGGAAUGCUGACAAUUCUGUAAGAGUGGAAGGGUAUUGCAUAGAUGUUUUUGAAGCAGUGAUGGCAGCAUUGCCUUAUGGUGUGAGCUAUGAAUACAUCCCAUUUGCAUAUCCCAACCGCACCACGGCCGGAGAUUACAACAGCCUGACCUAUCAAGUAUUCCUCGGAAACUAUGAUAUCGUUGCUGGAGACGUGACGAUUGUGGCAAACAGGUCGCAGUACGUGGACUUCACUCUGCCCUACACAGAAUCUGGCGUGGCCAUGAUCGUCCCAAUGAGAGAUGACAAGAGGAAGAAUGCAUGGAUUUUCUUGAAGCCCCUGACUUGGGAGCUUUGGGUGACGAGCUUCUGCUCGUUUGUCUUCAUCGGAUUCUUGAUCUGGAUCCUUGAGCACCGGAUCAACGAGGACUUUAGGGGGCCGUUCUGGUACCAAGUUGGCAUGAUCUUCUGGUUCUCCUUCUCAACCAUGGUGUUUGCUCAUAAGGAGAGGGUUGUGAGCAACCUGUCAAGAAUGGUGUUGGUCAUAUGGUUUCUGGUGGUCCUGAUCCUGACACAGAGCUACACCGCGAGUCUGGCAUCGAUGCUCACCGUUCAGAAGCUGCAGCCGACGGUGACGGACGUGAAUUUUCUGAUCAGGAACAGAGAAAACGUGGGAUACAUGCAGGGAUCGUUCGUGUUAGGAUUCCUCAAGAAGAUGAACUUCGAUGAAUCGCGCCUCGUGGAGUACGACUCGCCAGAGAAGCUCGACGAGCUUCUCUCCAGCAGCCGCAUUGCCGCAGCGUUUCAUGAAGUCCCCUACAUAAAGCUCUUCCUAGGCAAAUACUGCUCCAAAUACACCAUGAUCGGACCCAUAAACAAGGCUAACGGUUUCGGCAUCGUGUUCCCGAUCGGUUCGCCUAUGGUAAAGGACGUUUCGCGCGCAAUUUUGAACGUGACGGAGGGGCGGAAGAUAGCGGAGAUGGAGAGGAAAUGGCUGGGAGCUGUGAAGAAUUGUUUGGAUUCGAAUGAGUUGGCGUCGCCUAAGAAUCUAGGGCUUGGGAGCUUCUGGGGUUUGUUCUUGAUCGUGGGGGUGGUGGGGAUGGCGGUGUUGAUUUUUUAUGUGGGCGAAUUUGUGCGUGAGAAUUUGGGUGAAUGUGAUCCUAAUGCAACGAUGUGGCAAAGGAUGGUGGAAUUGAUGGACAAGUUUGACGAUAAAGAUAAGAAUAGUCACACUUUUAAGAAAGAUGGAUCAUGUGGAGGUGACUGUGGUGGACAGAGUCCUUUACUUGUGUCGAUGGCCUCUCCUCGAACUGAUGGGCCGCCGACCCCGACUGGGUCGAGCUCGGGUUUCUCGAGCCCCGUCCAAAGACAAGGGAUUGAGCUUUACUUAUCUCAAAGGAAAUGA